AUGACAAUCUCUCACAAUAGCAGUCUCCAAAAAGCCACUUUCUUUCUGACGGGCUUCCAAGGUCUGGAAGAUCUGCAUGGCUGGAUCUCUAUUCCUUUCUGCUCUAUCUACCUGACAGUGAUUUUGGGGAACCUCACCAUCCUCCAUGUCAUCCGUACCGAUGCCACCCUCCAUGAACCCAUGUACUACUUCUUAGCCAUGCUGGCACUCACAGACUUGGGCCUUUGCCUUUCCACACUGCCUACAGUGCUGGGCAUCUUCUGGUUUGAUGCCAGAGAGAUCGGCAUCCCUGCUUGCUUUACUCAGCUCUUCUUCAUCCACACCUUGUCUCUAGUGGAAUCUUCAGUUCUAUUGUCCAUGUCCAUUGACCGCUACGUGGCCAUUUGCAACCCACUGCGUUAUGCUACAGUCCUGACGCCUGCACGCAUUAUAAAGAUGGGUCUGGGCUCCAUGUUUAGAAGUGCCCUUCUCAUCCUCCCCUUGCCUUUUCUCCUUAAGCGCUUCCAGUACUGCCGUUCCCAUGUGCUGGCCCACGCCUACUGUCUGCACCUGGAAAUCAUGAAGCUAGCCUGCUCCAGCAUCAUCGUCAAUCACGUCUAUGGGCUCUUUGUUGUGGCCUGCACGGUGGGUGUGGACUCCCUGCUCAUCUUCCUUUCCUAUGCUCUCAUCCUUCGGACUGUGCUGAGCAUUGCUUCUCGCCAGGAGCGACUCCGGGCGCUCAACACCUGCGUCUCCCAUAUCUGUGCUGUGCUACUCUUCUACAUCCCCAUGAUUGGAUUGUCUCUUGUGCAUCGCUUUGGUGAACAUCUGCCCCGUAUUGUACACCUCCUCAUGUCUUAUGUGUAUCUGCUGGUACCACCCCUCAUGAACCCCAUCGUCUACAGCAUCAAGACGAAGCAAAUCCGCCAACGCAUUGCUAAGAAGUUUGAAUUUGUAAAGUCACUUAGGUGUUUUCAUCAGGAUUAG